UUGGGAGGUGGUUAGGCUCAGUCUACCCGUUGGAGGUGUUCCGAGGCUGUUGUUAUAGUUGGACAUGGGCAUCAAUUUUAUCUAGGUUACAACAAAGGCGUCAGCAAAUCUGUAGUUAGGGAGGGGGUUGUAAGAUCGUGGACUACUACGGGACUGCAAGAGUCAGCGGGUUGCUUUCCCAACUGCUUGUACGGAGCCGCUGUAGGCUCGCGCUUUGCUAGAAAUCAGCAGGAUUUUACCUCCUGCACAUUCUCUACGACAUGGCUUGCGACCCCUAUGAUCACCAUUACUUCUUUGACCAUGACAAAGAGGAGGACUUCUAUCGUUCGAUAGCUCCUAGUGAGGAUAUCUGGAAAAAAUUUGAACUGGUGACCACACCACCUGCAUCACCUAUGUGGAUUCGCAGUGACAGGUUGGAUUUUAUGCCAGAUUUCCUAGAACCAGAUGAGGGUGAUCCUUGCAAAUUGGACACUACGGAGUUGUUUAGCAACUGGAGCCCUAUUAUUUUGCGGGACUGUAUGUGGAGUUCUGGUUCGUCUACUGUCGUUUGUAAUGAGCGACUGGAGAAGAUGGUGUCCCCAAAUUGUGGAGUACAAAGAGUUAACCCUCACAGACCGACUUUGACUACAGACUCUGGUAUGGGGUGCCACUCCGCUGUAGAGUGCGUGGACCCCGGGGCUGUAUUUCCAUACCCAGUAGCGGACAACAAAAUUGCAGCCUCUUCUGGGUCUGAAAGCCAAAGUGAUUCUGAAGAUGAUGGGGAAGAGGAAGAAGAAAUUGAUGUUGUGACUGUAGAAAAGAGGCAGUCAGCUGGGAUGAGAAAACCAGUCACCAUUACAGUGCGAGCUGACCCCAUGGAUCCUUGCAUGAAAUUGUUCCAUAUAUCUAUUCAUCAGCAGCAACAUAACUAUGCUGCCCCAUCUCCAGACAGCUGUCCUGGUGAAGAGCCACCUCCUAAAAAAGUAAAACCUGAACCCACCUGCAAACCACCACUCACUCUGAAACCAGAGCCUAUAUGUCUUCUGGUGAAGCCAGUCUCUAAGCCAGCAUCCCCUCCGGAGAACCCCAAGCCCACUAGUCCUCAGAGCUCAGACAGUGAAGAUUUAGCAAAGAGGAAAAAUCACAAUUUCAUGGAGCGGAAAAGGAGGCAUGAUCUAAGGUCGAGGUUUUUGGCACUGAGGGAUGAAGUCCCUGACCUGAUGGAUGGUGCUAAAACUCCAAAGGUAGUUAUCUUGAGCAAAGCCACAGAGUACCUGCAGUUCCUUAUUGUUAAUGAAAGAAACCUGGUAGUAGAAAAGAAACAGCUGAAAACCAAACGGCAGCAGCUCCUAAAGAGGAUUCAAGACCUGAAGAGACAUUUCAAUACAGUCUAGGUAUUUAAAACAACAGAAAAAAAAACUUUCUGGUAAGGAUUUGCACAUGAACUUCUUGAGUGGAUCAGCAUUUACAGUGUUGUAGUUUGCCAAUGAAACAAAAGGAACUAUAGGACCCAUGAUGCUUUGCAGCAACAUGUAAUGAGAUUCUGCUUGCAGUCUGUGUCCACUGCAUCCAGAUAUCUAAAGGUUGGGGCAAACACCUUGACAAAGGCAAAAGAUUGUUUUUUCUACAUGUUCUGGACUCUGGAAAUGUUUAUUUUUGCAUCAUAAUAAGCCAGUUCAGGGGUUAUUGUGGGUAGAAGAUGGGUGCACUGUACACUUUUUUAUGUCAUUUUAUUUAGACAGCCCAGCUACAGUUACAGCUACUUGCAGCACAGUAUUUGGAAUUGCUGCAUCAUUGUUUUGUACUGGUGGAUGGGUUUUACUUUAGCUGUGCGACUUUGGGCUGGCAGAGGUCUACUUCUGGACAUUGUGCAGAAGCAUGGGCACGUAUUUGUAAUUUCUGUGAAAUGUUUUGGUUUUUUUAGGUUGUAAAAGCAGAGGUCAUUCAGAGGCAUAACUCUGCUGUUACUGCAUUUCAGUGGGAAAGAGUUAUAACCUCCUGUUUGAAACAGGAGGUUGACUUUUGAAUGCAGUGCUUUAGAUCUUGUUAAUUUAGCCACAUGUACCACUGUAAUGAAAGAAGAGUGUGAACUUGGAAUUUUGACCUUAUUUGUAGACUGUGUGAAGUGGGCACCAUGGACUUUUUCUUCAUUAACAUUUCUGCCCAUGUAUGUUGGUUUCACUACCUUGUCUGCACAACCUGAGAACUGGACAGCUGAGGUGCAAACCUCAGAACUUUCUUUUGCUGUCUAUAUUAUUUGUGUUUCACAUUGUAAUAUAUAUACACUUGUGUUGUAUGUAGUAGUAAAACUGGUUUUGUUCUAUAACAUGUUUUAUAGGUUCUCCAAGUAAUGGCUGUUUAUAGUCAGGAACACUGCUUUACGGUGAAUUUAUACAUGUAUAAAUCUAUACAGUAUGUAAAUUUGUUUAAGAAGAAUUGCAAUAUUGCACCAAUGAUUAAUUUUUUGCAUAUAUGAUUUUUGACAUUAUCAGGGCUUUCUUUACUAAUUGUAUAGUAUUUGUGUGAUUUAUCUUUAAUAUAGCGUAUACACCUGUCCGUGUAUGUAUUAGCAUUAAUGAAUGUGAUCCCUCCCUUUUGUGUGUGUAUGUAUCUAUAUAUCUGUGCAUCUAAAGAGGGAUGCACUUGUAUUUUUUUUUAUAUAAUGUACAUGCAUACACACACGUGUAUGGGGGAACACAGUGUUAAUAUUUGAAUGUGCAUACAGUAAUGUUAACAUAUGAAGGUGUACUUCUGUGGCUUAGUGCAUCAGUUUCUGUGAAAUUGUUUUGUUUAAGUAGUGUACAAGCUGCCACAGCUUACUACCCCCCCCCCUUUUUUAUUUAAACACCGUAAAACUGUUGUCCUGAUAAUUAACACCAUAAAAGAGGGCUGAAGACUUAUCUUUUGGUGGCUGGGGUGACCCUUAUUUUGCUGUGACAAUACCUCACAAUUUUUUUUUUUUUUUAAGACACUACUUUCUCUUCCUCCAGACAAUUUUGUAUGGCUUGUACCACUGCCUGACGUCUUAAUUUUUCUUGUCUUUUUUUUUUUUUUUUUUUUUUUUUUGGCAUUAACUUGUAUACGUUUUUUUAUACUAUAUUUUCGUACGAUAAUGAAUGUUUGACAUGGCAUUUGCUAUAACUGCGUCUGAACAUAGCUUUCUUUUAGCAAUAGAUCUAUAUGUGGUCCAAGGAAAACUGCUGCUUCUAGGUUUUGAAUCAAGACUUCUUUUGUGGAGGAAUUCACAGUGUAGCUUGUUGCAUAAAUGCAUCCCGUUUCUGAUCAAACUGGGGUUGGGAGACCGGUGUCUAAUUUUGGUAAAGCAGUAGUGGUGUUGAGCAUGUUCUACAGCUUUAUCAUGAUUCAGUAAAACUGAACCCCCCCCCCCAUAUACACGCACUCUUCUUACUUGUACCAACUUCAAAGAGGCACAACUGCAGAGAAAAGGAAAUUCAUAAAAAGUGAGUGCUGGUACUUUAAUAAAAAUGGCCACUGAUGAAGGCUAGCAAGUAUUUGAGCCAAAACCCCUUGUUGUGCUUUAAAAUAAGCUAAUAAAGGAGUACAGCUUGCCAUUGUCUGCUGGCUGAGUUUUUUGUUUCAUUGAUUUUGGUUUGAGCCGUGCAGUUGCCAUACAGCCAGGAAGCUACUUUGCUUUGUACAACUAAUAAGUUCCCAUGACAAGCAACAGCUGUCAAGUUGCAACUCCUCCCUUUGAGUGAUGGGUUGUAAUGGUGACUAUUGCUUACCCAACUACUAAUAGAACAACCAUUGUUUCAGGUGUACCACAGGAUGGAAAUGAUAGCUGUAGUGCCAGUCUGUACCAUUUCUUCACUGCUGCAUCCAUUGUUGAAUAUGACUUGGUAAGUCGUAUCUGAUGGUGAGCAGCUUUUACUGUACUGUUCUGUGUGUAAGUUGUACACUGUUUUGUAAUGUAGUCUGCAUCCACUUCCCUAUAUGUACGCGAAUCCUUCCACAUUCAUUAUCAAAGACUGAUAUCGAGCCACCAAGUGCAUUUAACCAGUCUUGAUAUAAUUUAUACAAUUUCUUUCCUGUUAUGUGAUAAAAGUGCUUUAAUUCUGGAGAUUGAUAGGCGUAUUAAAGGGAUAAUCAAGAGCUUUCUGGCACUAUAUGGAGUAUUUUGUGCUGUUGAAAAACUAUUGGUAUGCAUACACUUUCAGGCUAAACAAGUUCUGCUAAGCAUGUAACUGGAUAAUUAUACAUAGAGCAGGUCUUUUAAUUUUUAACUGAACAUACUUUUCUGAGUGCUUAAUAACUACAGCCUGUCUGCCCACUUUCAUUCUCCAUUACUCCAAGCUUCAUGACCAAAUAUUAAAAAAAAAACGCAAGGAUUGCUUUAGAAAUUGUUUAAAACAAUAACAGUGCAAUAUCAUUUAUCAAACCUCCGUUCUCAUUGGCUCAUUGAAUUUUUUGGGGCCCAUCCCUUAGCAUUGUCAGACUAGAAUCUGUGUUCCUUUUUCAUGAUCACUUCUGUCACAUGCACUGGCCUGACCUUAGAAAUGGGAUUGUUCAGGUUAUACAUGGCAUUAACAGGUAAUAUAUUUUGUUUGCAUAGAAUCUCAGUAAACCAUCUGAUCAUGCUCAGGAAAUUAACUUGCUAAAAUUGGAUUGCACGCUUGACCCUAAUGUUGCUGUCAGUUUGGUAACAGAGGACAUGUAAGGCUGUUCAAAGCCUAGGUAUGGCACAGAAAUACAACCAUUCGUGUCCAUUGACUCUGUGAAGCAGGUAUGUCAGGUUAGCAAUAUAUUACAAAUGCUUCUUCACUUACAAGAACAGCUUUCCUGUCUUUCAGUAUGUAUGUUUUCUAUCAGACUGCUGAGUAGGUGGGAAAACUAGCUUAUAUCUGGUUCCAUAAUGUGUACUGUACGACCUGGCCACUUGGUACUCUGUCCAUUUCUCCAGUGGACACUUUAUUUGAUUACUGAGUACCAUCUAACUGUGUUUUUACUCUUCUGUUCCUUUUUCUGGCUUUCUCUUGGUUCUGUUUGGACACUAAUGCUCCUUCACUGGUAAAGCUGUUACACUGAGCCAGUAACCAGAUAGUGACCAAAGGUGAGAAUUCAACUCUGCACCUUGUGUCUGUGAGGUAACAUAUUAACCAUUAUCCCAACCCCCUAAUUCAAGAGUAUGGACCUCUGCUGUGAAUUCUGUCAUGUGCAUAGGCUCGGAAAGAUUCUUGAUCCACAGAGCACAACCUUGAAAGCAGCAGUUUGACAAGUCUGGACCUCUCCUCCGCACUACUUGUUUUGGUUGGGGGAUGGAAAAGAUGAGCUGGCAGUUGAGUUGUAUUGUAGCAGUGCCAGGACCCAAAUUAGCACUUUGACUGACCUCAAAAGGGCAAAAAAUAAACAUCUUUUGCAAAAUUAA